UCGCUGAUUGGCUGGCUGAGGCCGGCCGGGGACUCGGCCACUAAGGAGACCGCAGAGGGUGCUCUAGCCGCCGGCCUAAGGGGUAGCUUCGCUUUCCUCGGCCGCGAGCGUUCGAUGGUGCCUGCCAGAACAUGUGGCGCCUCUCGGGGCUCCUGGGCCGAGUUUUUCCCCGUCUCUUGGGACCUGACUUCCGGGGGGUGACCCCCAAACCCACCAGCCCUGAUGGGUCUCAGGCAGCCCCCUCCACCCUGCUGGUCCCUGUGCCCAGUCCUGACAGGUCAGGCCCUCAAGGCCCAAGCAGGAGCCGAGGCCCAAAGUCACAUGGAUGGAAGGAUGCUUUCCAGUGGAUGUCUGCUCGCGUCUCCCCAAACACCCUGUGUGAUGCCAUCUCAUGGGGCACCCUGGCCGUGCUGGCCCUGCACUUGGCAAGGCAGGUCCACUUCCAGGCGUCCCUGCCGGCCGGACCCCGGCAAGCAGAAUGCUCUUGGCGUCGUCCUCUGCAGCGCCUCCUCUCCGCUCCUUGGUGGCCCCCACACGCGUCUCUGCGGAGCCAUGUUCUCCCCAGCCCUGACAGCCCAGCUCCCAGACACACUGGCCUCAGGGAACCCAGGCUGAGCCAGGAAGAACCUGCAGCUCAGCCCAGGAGUUCCCUUGCACCCAACUCCCAGAAGGCGGCUCAUCCCCAGGACCCGCCCGACGAAGGUCUCGGCGAUUUGAGCUUCCUUCAUGCCAGCAGUGGCUUUGAGGCCAAGGCACAGCCAGAGGCCCCUGGUGAAAAGAAGGAACAAGAAAAAUCAAAAGCCCUUCCCCUGGAAGAGGCCAUGACUUCCAUUCAGCAAUUCUUCCAGCUCAGCGUUUCCAUUGCUUUCAACUUCCUGGGAACAGAGAACAUGAAGAAUGGGGACUACCUGGCAGCUUUUACUUACUUCCAGAAAGCCGCAGACCGUGGAUACAGCAAAGCACAGUACAAUGUGGGCUUGUGUCACGAGCACGGCAGGGGCCCGCCCCGGGACCUGGGCAAGGCGAUCCUCUAUUACCAGCUGGCUGCUGACCAGGGCCACAGCCUGGCUCAGUACCGCUACGCCAGGUGCUUGCUGCAAGACCCCGCCUCCCCGUGGCCCCCUGCGCAGCAGGGAGCGGUGGCCAUGCUGGUGCAGGCUGCAGACUCGGGCUUGAGAGAGGCCCAAGCUUUCCUCGGGGUGCUGUUCACCAAGGAGCCGCACCGGGAUGAGCAGAAGGCCGUGAAGUAUCUCUGGCUUGCCGCCAACAAUGGGGACUCACAGAGCAGGUACCACUUGGGAAUUUGUUAUGAGAAAGGCCUUGGUGUGCAGAAGAAUCUGGGAGAGGCUGUGAGGUGCUACCAGCAGUCCGCGGCUCUGGGAAAUGAGCCCGCCCGGCAGAGGCUGCGGACUCUCUUUUCGGUGGAAGCCUCAGCCCCGAGGCCCAGCCACCUGACAGCGACGGGACCCAAGUCUUUCUCCAGCCCGUCCCUGUGCAGCCUGAACCCCCUGCUGGCAGGCACCCCGGGCCUUCCCCACGCCUCCAGCACGGGGAGCCUCGGCCUCCUGUGCGGAAGAGGACAUCUCGGCACCAGCCCUGGAGCUCCCGGCAGGGCCCUCCCUUCCUUGGAAAGCAGUCUAGUAAGACUGGGUUUUGGCUAAGAGCUCCUCAACCGGUGCAUUCUUGAGAGUUCCAAAGAAGAGGCCAUUUAUCCACUCACCCUCCUCAACACCCGGAGCACCUCCCCCACACCGGAAAGAAAGGACAAGGGUGGGAGAACCCAGUGCUGGCUCUGCUGAGUACCUGCCAGUGAAGCCAUGACCUGACCUGAUUAUAUCGCUUCCUUAACCGGAGAUGGAGGACAGCGGUGGGUGCCCUCACUCCUGCGGGACUGAGGUGGUACCUCACUGCCAUACGCCUCCUGGUUUACUUAGGCCCCCAGAAGCAAGGGCUACACCCCUGGUCAUACCUGUAUGAAUCACCAAACCAGGAUAAAGACCUGGGCUUCCGGACUCCCUUGCCCGGGCUUCUCAUCUGUCGGGGCACAGUCAUUUUCUGUGAAACCAUCCGUUAUCGUCCUGCUGAUAGGAGGGAAUAAAUGGAGAACGGGCUCCUGGAGUCUUGGAGCCGGGUAGUGGAGAUUUGUGAGUCUUGGUUUGGGAAAGGUGAGUGUUUAGUGAAGCAGAGGGUGGAUUAUCUCAUCACCCUUGCCCGCGAGUGUGUUGCGGAGAGAUAGGAAGAACUGAAAGCUGAGGCUCCAGCCUCGUCUCUGAACUCUCCAUUAACCAAUGUAAAGGGUCUUAAAAGCUUCUCCAAGAGAGAGACUUAGAAAGAAAAAAACCAACCAGAUUUCUGAGUCAACACUAAUGACUCCCCAUAACUGAAUUUGUGAAUAGCUGCUCUCUGUUUCCUGGCUGCUAGCCCAGGCUCAAUAGCAGAGAUGCGGUUGAAGAUGGGGGGCGGGGGGACCGAGGAGCAGCCCCACACACCCCAUCCCUAACUGACUGAGUAGGAGGGGCUAGCCAGAGGGGCAGGUCAAAGUGGGGAAAUCUGGGGGGGGGGGGGCAUGUUGUCCUCCUUUCACUCUCUGCUGCCCACUUCUACCUUUUCCUACUCUCGCAAGGAGUCCCUGCGUCCCCCUCUCGCCCCCUCCUCACCAGAGGGGCUCCAGAACCUCCCCUGGCCUUUCUGUGCGUUGACCUCGCCUCUGUCGACUCUUCCACACACAGUGCUCCCGGCUUUGUAUUCCCGUGUCCCCAGCACGUAGCACGCCGCUGUGUGCGGGGUAGAAGCCCCGCAUGCGGUGCUGAGCUCUGCGGCGCACUAAUCUCUCUGGGGAAAAAAAAAGUUGUUUUGAAAAGGCUUCUGUGGUCAAAUAAGUUUGGUAAACACGGCUCCGGCACCCCCCUUUUAUAGGAUCGUAGUAUCCCCGGCGCGCCAGAUUCCAAGAAGUCCUGCAGGAAGACCGUGGUUAACCCCGUGAGUUCCUUGCCGAGGGGAGCACGGGGCCCGCGGGCCUCACCGGCCUCUUACUGCGCCUGCGUCCUUGUGGGCUCUCCCUCCAUGCCUGGGGUCCAGCAUGGCCCCGACCGCAGCAGGGCUGGGUGUCCCGUGGUGACCUGCUGCUUCCCCUCCCGUCCAGCCGCUGCUCAGUGAAACAUGGACUUGGCUUCGGGUGCCUGAGGUAAGCUUGGAUGUUUCUAAGCUUUCCAGCCUAAAAAAAAAAAGAAGAGCUUCUGCUUCUGGAGCGGGAAGAGAAGCCAUGAGAAAUGUCAGGGGACCAAGACUCCAUGGCUGUGCAGUCCCCAGUCUCCGUGCAGCCCCAGGGGACAGCUCCACGGGUAGAUCCAGCAGCUACGGUGCCUGUGCCAUUAAGAUGCUGGUAUUAAGAUGCUGGUAUUCGUGACUCAUCAUCAGUCCCCGCAGAGGAAACAGAGGAGGACAGGGAGAUGUCCCCCAAGCGGGGCCGGCUGGGCUCCGGAUGCCGGACACCCAAGGUUUGCGGCCUGAUGCCCUCCGCUGCGAGACCUUUGACCAAAGCUCUACUGCUUUGGUUUCCCCCUCUGGAAUGUUCUUCCCACGAAGCUGACAUUAUGAGGGAAGCAAAGCCAUUUGGUUCAUUAGGCCUUCGGUGUGAAUCCGUUGAGGACACUUUAGUAGAUGCUGAGGGAAUACUUAUUCAAUAAAUGAGAAUGAUGUGCGCGUCUCCCUCCACGGUGCAGAAGUAAAUGUG